AUGUCUUUCGAGUUCCCAAGAAGGGCGCCAACGGCCGCUGAAAUAUCGUAUCUACAUCAACGACAGUCAGCGCAACCCGACCCCCUUUUCAGUCAGAUGUUCUCUCAGCAAAGUCAGCCUUCUUUCGCAUCUGCCAAGCAGCAAGGCCCCUGGAACACACAAUCCUUCAUCAACACCAAGUGUUCGGCCCCACCUCAGCAAGGAGAAGGCCGUCAAUUCUACCCGCCACCACCCGAUACUUUACGUUACUCUCAACCUCCCUCCGGCCAAUAUGCGAGCACUGCUCUUACCACCGGUCCUCCGCUCGGGCAGAAUGUAAGCGUUCAUCAAGUACCUCGACAGUCUCCAUGGGCAUCGCAGGCUCGUAAGACUUACAGUGUGCCACCCGCUUCGAUUGCCCAACAGCAGACGACAAGGCAAAGUCAGCCCGCGUUUCAGAACACUCAAACUUCAGCCCCUCCGGACACUGCUUCCGUUGAUGUCAGCGUGCACAAUUUUGGUAUGACAUCCAAGCCUGCCUCAAGGCGGUAUGAUGAAAAGAAAGUGUUCUGGGAUGCCAACGUACCUUCCACUCAUGAGAAGACCACUUCGGCUUACAGUGACUGGCUGAAUGAGCGAGCUACUGAAGCUAGAAUCACUUUGGAAGAGAAAGAGGAAAUCGUGAGGAAGAAGCGAGAUCGAGAGGUCAAGCGGCAGAGCGAGAUGACAGAUAAAGUCUUUGUUGAUGCUACCAAAGCCGCCCGUAGCUUGCAAAAUGUGGUGAGCCAGAGUGGGGAUGAGAUUGCGAUCUAUCAAUUCAACGACCUGGUUUACUCAUUGCGCGACCUUUCCGCAGAGCUGAAUAUGGAGAGGGAUAUCAGGAACACAGUGACAAACACACAACUAGAGGCGACUGAUGCUGCAUGGCAAGGAUGGAAGGUGACAAAGAGGGCGUUUGAUGUGGCAUCUGGCAAUGCGAGUUUGGAUGAUGCGCGCUCGCUUUGGAAAGCACAUGAUGAUGAAAGGAAGGCGUCUGAAAAGUCACAUAAAGAUGAAGGGGUUUGGCACUCUAUGAUGAGCAACCUAGAAGGCACACCCACCUACGACAUUCUGGAGGCUUUUGAGGAGGCACUCACCUCUAACCCUACACAGCCCUCUUUCUACCCUCAGCCUACUGCACCCUCCCAUAACUCAUUAAGCCCUACCCCAUUCCCGUCUCAAUUCCGAAGCAACUACCCGCUCCACCCCAUAAUAGGGAUACCUGUUCAGCAACAACAGUACCCUCAGCGGAGUGCUGCCACCAAUCACCUUACUCCUUCCAUGUCCUCAAGCUUCUACCAACAACCAAGACAGCAGCAGCCCAAUUCCCAGGGCUUCGCAUCCUCUAUUCCUCCUUACUAG